AUGGCGGUCAAGCAGCAGACUCAAGAUUCUCCACAUGAGCGCAAACGUACACCGGACGGCGUGUGCAACACAGCAAGGAUGGAUGGGUCGGCUGAGUCCUGCGCGGCAGCACAAAAUUUUCUUUGUCGUGCGGAGCACCACUGUGACAUGCAUUGCAGGUUGGGCAUUGUGCACUCGUCUCGUCCUUUCUCGGGCACGGGCCAGGCCAGGCCGCCCCCGGUCACGAAGAUGCACGUCAAGGAGUUCGUGUCAGUCUGCCGGUUGACCCCAGAGCCUCAUCCACGCAAUCGACACGACGAUAACCUUGAUCAGAGGAUCAGAGGAUCAGGCAAUCGGCAUCAACAGCGAGGCGCUGGUUGCGGGCUCGCUUGGUCGUGGGUCCCGACCCCGGACUAUCGACGGGGAAGCGAAAUGAACUUGCAAGGGGAAAGGGGGCUUCUUUGCAGAACCAGCAUGAAGAAAUCCCACGGCGUCAGGGCGCCGGCCGCCUUCAUAAUUAAAUGCAAUCUAAUGCGCAAUCUCGAAACCCCGUAUCACUGCGCAGUGGAGAGCUUGGAUAAAAAUAAAAAACAACAACCCGAUGGCGAUGUUUUGUUGUUUGUUUUGAUCAUCAGAAAUUGCCACACCACCCUCGACACGCGACCAUGGGGGUGCGCAGAACUGAUGCCAGCCUGGGCACAGCCCUGGGGGAGGACGGACGAGGCGGGGGACGAGGCAAGGGGGGCUGCAGAUGCGCACUGCAGUGUGCGUCGAGCAGAGCAGAAUAGAGCAGAGCAGUGCCACGAUGCGAGCGCUGCAGUGCAGCAGCAGGUCCCACGGACACAACAUUGGCCGUGUGUUUUGCGGGUGCCUGGGCUGGCUUGGCCUGGCCCAGGGACGAGGUUGGUUGGCAGUCGAUGGGUUGACGUGCGCCUGGCGAAGACGUGCGACUCGGAUGCUCGGCCUGAGAUCCGCGAGACGCCCUUCCCUCCCGCUGCCAAACACGCAGGCGGCAGGAUAACGCACUGCCGGGGAGCGAGGGCCUCGUGGACGGGUGGCGGUGGCGAAUCGCGCGACACUUGGACGACCGGGUCUGAAACCGCCUCGUGA